AUGGCGCCACCGGUGAGACUUGUGACACCAAAGGGCUCUAAUGUCGAUCAAGCAGAAGCUGCAGGGUUCCAUAUCCUUUCUGAUAUUGUACUGGAAUGCUUAGAGGAUGCGUGUGAGACAGUUUUCACUGAUGAAGAUGCUUUUGUUGGUAUUUUCCUGGGAAAUUCAGGCGCGGAAGGACAAAGUGACUCUGAAAAUGAUGCCCAAACCGCUGGGAGCCUGGGAAAUAGCAUUGGUCUACACGGGCCCUGCGUGAGCAUUGGCACUGGGCCAUCGGCUGCGUUCAUUGCUUUGCAUGAAGCGUGUUACGCAAUUGCAUCUGGAAUGGCCGACUCUGCUGUAGCCGUUUGCAUUGGACGCUCAUCGAUUACAACGACGAGCCAGGCGGAGUUCGCGGCUGUCUAUGUCAAACCACUGGACGCUGCUCUGAGGGACGGGAAUCCCGUACGAGCACUCAUACGGGCCAUCGAGACGGACUACUACAGUUCUGCUCACGAGGAUGAAGUCAGUCCGGAACUGGCGUAUGGUUCAAUUAUCCGCAGAGCGUAUGAGAAAGCAGGCUUGAAUCCCAUCGAUACAACUGCAGUGGAGACUACUGGACACACGCGUCAAUCGAUCAGCGAAGCCGAAAGACUAUCUAUCAACAACGUGUUCGACGUGCAACGCGUCAAUAUCAAUUCCAUCAAGCCACAAAGUGGUAGUGGACAACAUGUGGCAGGAAUGGCCAAUUUGCUCAACACCAUACUUUGGCUGGAAGACAGGGAAUCUUCCUCGUCUACAUAUCCAAAUUCUCAAGAUCAGAAUGGAAGGGUCAGCAUCAACUGCUUCGAUGCCAGAGGGUCCAAUGUUCAUAUGAUUAUUGAUCCGCCUCCCGUGGCCAAUCAAGAACCACAGAGACUUACCGAUCCGCAACUCAUUCUCUUCUCUGGGCCAUCGCCCCGUUCAUUGACGAGACAGAUUGAACUGUAUGAGAGUUACUGUCUGGAUCACAGCAAUCGGGCGGUCGACAUCGCCUACACAAGAGCAAUACGCCCCUUACAAAUUGCUUUAUUGCGGCAAUUUGAGCGAAUGGAGAUCCCCGUGGAAGCUGUCAUUGGGCACUCAAGUGGCGAGGUUGCUGCUGCCUAUGCCGCUGGCUACUUGAGUUUACAUGAUGCCAUUGUUGUGGCUUAUCACUACGGUAAAAUGGCUGCAGGCCGUACUAAACGUGGCGGUAUGGCAACUGUAAGCUUGGAUGUUGAGACAAGCCGCUCCUUUCUUCGUGAGGGUGUUGUCGUCGGUUGUGAGAACAGCCCUGGGAGUUCAACGCUUUCGGGUGAUCUAGAAACCUUGAAGGAGGUUCUGGAUACGAUCGAAAAUGCAAGGCCCGAUGUGGCCGUUCGCAUGGUAAAGACAGAGAUGGCUUAUCACUCCGAUCAGAUGCAUGAGGUAGCAGGAGCAUUCUUGCAGGGGAUGCUUGAAGACAAUGUCAAGUCUUCCCGGCCAAGGAAGAAGCAAAAAGCCGCAUAUUACUCAUCCACGUACGGAAGAAGGCUGGGUGAAGACGAGGACCUUGGACCAGACUACUGGGUCAAGAAUUUGACCCAGCCGGUUCUUUUCAGCUCUGCUGUUGCAUGUCUCUUCGAGACGUCGUCUAGGAAUCAGUUCCUUCUUGAAGUUGGGCCUCAUUCAACUCUUGCUGUGCCUCUUCGACAGACCUGUGACGCGAAGCACGUAAGCUUCAACUAUGUCUCGUCACAGACAAGGAGCAAAGAUAACAAAGCGCAAUUUUUGAUCUCACUCGGGAGGCUAUGGCAGGAAGGUGUACCAUUCAACUUGCGGUCCGUGUUUCCCGGUGGGAAGCCCAUUGGAGGUCUCCCAGUCGACCCCCGAGUUAACGACGAGAUUUCUGAGGAGCUAGUGGAAGAUGGCGACUCCUCCCCCGAUAUUUUGAUUCUCAAUUCAACGACACUUUCAGCAAAAGAGAAAAGAGAGCUCAUUGUGUCCAGCUCACUACAACUGGCUCAUUCACUACCAGACGAGGAGGUCCCAACAACAGAAAUCGAGGUUAUUCUUAGGGUAGUCUGGACCAAGGUUCUUCAAGGGAUAGCCUCCAUAAAUCCGCAAAAGAUUGGCAAGAGCCAUAAUUUCUUCUUACUGGGAGGUGACUCCCUCGUGAUUAUCGAGAUGGUCAAGGUCGCCUAUGAGAUUGGACUUCGACUUGCACCCGCGGAGGUAAUGCAACACCCCAGGCUUUCAGAUAUGGCUAGCAUUGCUACAAUUGACGACGAGGGCACUACACUGGUGAACGAGCGCUUUAGCAUGGUUGCUCCACUAGUGAAAGGCACUUCCAGUGUCAGAGAAAAGGCCAGGCAGGCUUGCUCUCUCUCUGAUCAGCGGUGCAUCGAGGACAUAUAUCCUUGUACUGCUCUGCAAGAGGGAUUCAUGGCUCUCGCAGUAACUCAACCGGGCUCUUACGUCCAUCGUUGGGUAUACAAACUUUCUGAAUCCGUUGAAGUUGCACACUUCCAAGCCGCAUGGAACCUGGUCAUACAGAGGUGUACCACCUUGCGCUCCAGAAUCUGCAGCAUAGAUGACAAGGCCCUCCAAAUUGUGGUUCAAGACGACACCUCUUGGGAGCAGCCACCUUCGGGCCUAGAUGUACAUGCUUAUGUCAAUCAUGCCCGGUCUAUCCGAAUGGCCUACGGCGAUCGCCUCAGCCGAUAUGCUCUCGUGCAUCAAGACGACGGCGCUGCCUACUUUGUUUGGAUCCUCCACCAUGCUGCUUUUGACGGCCUCACGAUGAAGCUGGUUUUGGACGGGCUCUACAAGGCCUAUUACGAUAGCCAAAGCAUUGGGCUCACGUUGCCUUACGCCAACUUUAUUCACUACGUUGAGUCUUUGGAUGUAGAAUCAGCAAGAGACUACUGGCGUGGACAACUUGAGGGUGCAAAACCAGCAUUAUUUCCUACUGCUCGACCAACCACCAAUUCCAAAAUGUCCGGGCGGGUGAAGAAACUAACCAUGGCCUUCCACAAUACAACAAGGCCGGUUUUCACCACAGCUACGAUCCUCCGUGCUGCGUGGGCCUUGGUCCUAGCGAAAUACUGCGACACAGAUGAUGUGUGUUUUGGCACCACCGUUUCCGGCAGACAAGCUCCAGUUCCAGGAUUGGGCGACAUCCCUGGCCCAAUGAUCGCUACGGUCCCAGUUCGUGUUCGUCUUGUGGAAGACCAGAAGAUUUCGAGCUUCCUCCAGGACAUUCAAACUCAAGCCACCGAGAUGGUUCCAUUCGAACAGCUUGGCCUACAGAACAUUGCAAAGCUCAGCCAAGACGCCAAAGAAGCUUGUAAUUUCUCAAACUUGUUUGUCAUACAGCCUUUGAAUCACCUUUCAUCUGCUGCGCUGGAAGCUACCGAUGCUAUUCUUUACCAAGGUAAAGAGGAGAUGAGUCUUUCCGAAGAGGCUAUGAAUAAUUAUUUCACCUAUCCACUAGUCAUCCAGCCACGUAUUGGCAAGGGCUACAUAGAAAUAGACUUCACUUACUACGCUGAUAUCGUCCCGGAGAAGCAACUUGAAGCGGUGUACCAUCAUCUAAAACACGUUAUUGAUCAGCUGCUCAUUCCCGAAGACAAGCCCUUACGCGACAUCUCCGUGUCAGGACCAUGGGAUAUAGCCUAUUCACGUGAAGCUAAUGUUGGAGAUGUUCGCAUCGUUGAUGAAUGCUUUCACCAUCUUGUUGAGAGACAGGCAAAGCUCAGAAGUGCGGAGCCUGCCAUCGACGCUUGGGACUUGAAGCUGACAUACGGAGAACUGAAUGAUGCAGCAAACAGGCUGUCGCGACACCUCGUGAACAGCUUGGGGGUCAGAUCGAACGAUUUGGUUCAUGUGUGCUUUGAGAAGUCGGCAUGGUACUACGUUGCUAUUCUCGCGGUGAACAAAGCGGGCGCAGCCUGGGUUCCUCUGGACCCAUCCCAUCCCGUUCAGCGUCUACAACAGGUCGUGUCUCAGACGCAAGCUAGGUUAGCUCUGUCAUCCUAUGAAACCAAGCCUCUCUGCACUCUACUCCUGGACAAAGUCCUGGAGGUGGGAAAUAGCCUCCUCGAUGACCUCAAGGACAGGGAGUCAAACGAGGAUGGAGUUGUGGAUGUAUCCCCCGAACAGGCCGCUUAUGUCUUGUUCACAUCGGGAAGCACAGGCAUCCCGAAAGGUUUCGUCAUGGAACAUAAAGCUCUAUGCACCAGUCAGACGGAAGGAUCGACGAGGCUGGGAAUGACUUCAAAAACCAGAAUGCUACAAUUUGCUGCCUAUGUUUUUGACUUCUCGAUUGGAGAGAUUGUUGCACCUCUCAUUGUUGGUGGUUGCCUCUGUGUGCCCUCUGAACAUGAUCGAACGAAUCGUUUAGCCGAGUUUGUGAGUGAAAAGUCGGCCAAUUGGAUGUAUUCGACUCCUGCGUUUCUCCGAACGCUAAUUCCACAAGACAUCCCGAGUAUGGAGUUGAUAAUGCUUGGUGGAGAAUCUAUUGGCCAGGAUAUCCUCGACACUUGGUUCGGGAAGGUGAGGCUGCUUAAUGCAUGGGGCCCUGGUGAGACUUGUGUUUUCAACACAUUUCAUGAAUGGGUUUCUACCAGAGAAUCCCCAAGGUGCAUCGGCCGUCCCAUGGCAGCCAAUAUUUGGAUUGUUGAUCCCGAAGACCCACGGAAACUGGCUCCAAUCGGGACUUCCGGUGAGGUUGUGAUCCAAGGGCCAACACUCCUCAGGGAGUAUCUUGCGGAUAGAACCCAGACGGAAUCAACUAUCAUUCGCACAUUGCCCGCUUGGGCAACACACCAGGGACUGCCUGGUUGGGGUAGAAUGUAUAAAACUGGGGACCUUUGUUCCUAUGACUUCAACGGGGCGAUGGAAUUUAUAAGCCGAAAAGACACACAGGUUAAGAUUCGAGGCAUGAGAGUUGAGCUUGAAGAAAUCGAAAACCACAUCCGGGCGCAGUUACCUGGUGUCUAUCAGGUUGUCGUCGAUGUUCUCAAGUCUGAUGCAAGCACUGUUCUUGUUGCAUAUUUGUGCUUCAGUGAUGCAAGGAGAACUGGGAAUGUUGUUCCGGAGGAAAUCUUUCAUCCGCCGUCAGCAGAGGACCAAAUUCGUAUUGCCGCUUUAUUAGGCCAACUGGGCUCCAAGCUACCACGAUAUAUGAUUCCUACUCACAUUCUCCACUGCCGGUUCAUGCCUUCCACUAGCUCAACAAAGCUGGACAGGAGAAAGUUGGGGCAACUCACUGCCACGCUGACCAGUGAUGUGCUUAAUGCGAUUUCACGUCUCAGCUCUGAGAAACGCGCACCAGAGACAGAAAUGGAAACUCGCCUCCACUCAAUAUGGGCCAAAGUUCUGCAAUUGCCACCAAAGUCUAUUGGAAGAGACGAUAGCUUUCUGAGGAUAGGCGGUGACUCGAUCUCCGUCAUCAAACUGAUCAGCGUUUGUCGCCAAAACGGCAUUAUUCUAUCCACGAAAGAUGUCUUUGACAGCCCGACUCUCCUGUCGGUGGCUGCCAAAGCAGUUGAAUCCAAUGAAAAUGUCCACAAUCAGGGAGCUGAAUCACAAUAUGGCCUCCUUAAUCAGAAUACAAUUAAGCAGCUGCAGGAUCAGAAAAUGAGAGAGCGCCUCGGGCUGUCCAGCGAGCAGGUUGUCGAAGAUGCCUUCCCAUGCUCACCGAUGCAGGAAGGGCUGAUGGCACUUACGGCUAAGCUACCAGGAUCCUACGUUUGCAAGUACGUUUACCGAAUACCCGAGUAUACUGACAUUGAGAAAGUGAAAUAUGCAUGGGACAAGGCGAUUCAGAUAUGUAGUAACUUCCGUUCCCGAUUCGUCCUGAUCGAAGGCCAGACGAUCCAGCUCGUCAUCAAGGAGCGUACUCUGUGGGAGCACAAUAGCGCUGCCGAUCCUGCGACAUACAUUCGCCAGAAAGACUAUACGGACUUUGGAUACGGAGCUUCGCUUUCGCGAUAUACGAUUCUUUCGUGCGGUCGUGAUAAAUACUUCGUCUGGGCUGCCCAUCACGCACUCUAUGACGGGUGGUCACUGCGCGUAAUGACCGAUAUUUUCGAGAGGAUAUAUACAGGACAGGCCGUGGAAGAUCUAACUCCAUACUCGACCUUCGUCAAGUACAUUGUGGACCUCGACCCCGAGAAAUGCAGAGACUACUGGGCUAGUAAGCUAGCUGGGAGCAGGAAAAUGUCAUUCCCUCCUCUUCCACACAACCCUGCAGCGAUCAAGGGAAGAUUACCCCAGUACUUUCGUCAUGAUAUUGACCUGAAGGGGAAUAAGCACUCUUCAAUCACGAGCGCUACAAUAAUCCGUGCUGCUUGGGCUGUUGUUCUUGCAAGCUACUGCAACUCUGAUGAUAUCUGCUUUGGAGUCACCGUGUCAGGACGACAGGCGCCGGUUCCUGGAAUCGAAAACAUGUCAGGGCCUGGUAUUGCUACUGUCCCCGUCCGCCUCCGUUUGGAUCGCAACUCCAGCGUGGCUCAAUUUCUUCAGACAGCCCAGGAGGAUGCUGUUGAAACUAUUCCGUUCGAACAGUUUGGCCUGCAGAAAAUAUCAAGGGCCAGCGAUGAUGCGAGAGUGGCAGCUGACUUCUCUACUCUGCUUGUUAUUCAACCUACCAUCAAGAAUAGUGAUAAAGAAUCCGGUGGCCACUCAGUCCUUAUUGCAGGCAGCACUGAGCAAGAGAUGGUUCAGGAGACAUUGGGCGACUACUUCAACUAUCCCUUGGUGCUUGUCAGCAAUGUCUAUGAGGACCAUUUCUAUCAGCGCUUAUUCUAUGAUGGCAACACCAUCUCGAAAGAUCAAGUUGUGGCAAUGGCCAACCACCUUGAACACGUCAUUCAGCAACUUUUGGUCAAGGUGGAAGAGUCACUCGGGAGCGUGUCCCUAGUCGGUCAGUGGGAUAUACAGCAUGCCAUAGACUCUCAGCGCCUCUGCCCACCAGUCAACUCAUGCACACACUGGCUUAUACAAGAUCAGAUCAAGAAUCAUCCGGAUGAUAUAGCUGUUGCUGCCUGGGACCAGGAUUUGACAUAUAGUGAGCUUGGAGUCUAUGCUUCUCGAUUGGCACUCAAGCUGCAGGAACUUGGCGUUGGGUCUGAAACUCUGGUUCCUUUCUGUUAUCCCAAAUCGUCGUGGGCUGUUGUCACAAUGGUGGCAAUACAGAUGGCCGGUGGUGCCUUUGUUCCACUUGAUCCAGCCGCGCCCACUGCAAGGCUCCAGUCCAUUAUUGACGGAACCAAUGCCAAAUUGGUUAUUGUAUCUCCGACACUCGGAGGUAAAUUGCAUGAUCUGCAGACAAAGACGUUGGUCGUCGAUGAGGCAUUCUUGAGAGACCUCCCCGAUGCCGUCCAACCAGUUUCAUCUUCCACCAAACCAAACAAUGCCAGUUUUGUCAUCUUUACAUCCGGUUCAACAGGAAAGCCAAAGGGAAUACUCAUCCAACAUGACCAAAUUUGCACUGGAUUCAUGAACUCGUAUGGUCAUGAACUGAACCUUGGACGUCAUACUCGUGUUUUCAACUUUUGCGCAUUCACAUUCGACCUCGGAAUUUUCGAUGUGAUUGGAACAUUAAGCAGAGGCGGAUGUGUCUGCAUGCCCUCCGAAGAAGCAAGACUCAACGACUUGGCCGGUGCAAUAAGGGCAUUCAAAGCGAACUGGCUGUUCUGCACCCCGACAGUCCUGAACCUCCUGCACCCAGAAGACGUGCCACUGAUAAAGACUGUUGGAUUAGGUGGUGAGGCCAUUACGAAGACGAUCUCAGACCGCUGGAAGGACCAUGUACAGCUCAACGGGCUAUACGGUCCUGCUGAAGGUUCUUCGUGUGCUCGUAAUCCCGACGUGGGGAGAGAUGAUAAGCCAACUAACAUCGGAGUUCCAAUGUCCAGCGCAUUCUGGGUGGUCAACCCAGAAAAUAUGAAGGAACUUGUGCCGGUAGGUGGCAUAGGCGAGCUUCUAAUCCAAGGACCCAUGCUGGCCAGAGGGUACAUUAAUGUCUCGCCCGAGCAGAAUGCAGUUUGGAUAGAGGACAUUGACUGGUUACCUGGUGAAGCAUCACGCCGCAGAGGAUAUCUUACUGGUGAUCUGGUACGCCGAAAUGCUGAUGGCACUUGCGAAUAUCUGGGCCGCAAAGACACGCAAGUGAAGAUUCACGGCCAAAGAGUGGAACUUGGGGAGAUCGAAGCACAAAUCCAUCAGUACCUACCAAAUGAGAUGAGUGCAGUCGUCGAUGUUGUGAAGAGUGAGGAAGCGUCCACAGAGAGUUUGACAGCCUUAAUGUGGUACAAUAAAUCCUCCGAUAAGAUCGCUCAAGGCCCGUUGAGUUUGCUUGAAGACGUUACUGAAGGAGUUAAGUCUCUCAUAUCCUCGAUAAACAAGUCCCUGCAAUCAGUCUUGCCUUCAUAUAUGAUUCCAUUAACCUAUUUGAUAUUCCAAGGCAAACCAGAUAUGUCUACCUCUGGGAAAGUUGAUAGAAAGGUUCUUCUGUCCCACGCAAUGACUAUAUCGACGCAGGAUCGGCUUCGCUUCGAACUAGAGGCUCACGAAAAUAAGCCUCCCACAACCCAGAUGGAACUCAAGUUGAGGGACCUAUGGGCCCAAAUUCUGACCAUUGAAGUCUCGGGAAUUGGUAAAUAUGACAGCUUCCUGAGGUUAGGUGGUGAUUCCAUCAGUGCGAUCCAGCUGGUCACUUUGGCUCGCGAUCACAACAUUGGCCUAAGCGUUGCUCUGAUUUUCAGCGAGCCCCAGCUGUCAUCAAUGGCAGAAGCAGCAGAAUACGGUUUAGAUGAUUCAAAGCCCGACAUGACGCCCUUUAGAAUGGUUUCCGAGGCGCAGAAGAGCCGCAUUUUUUCCAUAUGCCGCGAUGAUCACAGACUCGACAGCAGUGCCAUUGAGGAUGCCUACCCAAGCACAAAGCUACAAGAGGGGCUUAUGGCUCUCUCUGUAAAACAACCCGGCUCCUACAUUGCUACCCAUAUGUACCGACUGUCGCCUGAUGUUGAUAUUGGACGUCUGCAACACGCUAUUGAAAGAACCAUUCAGUUUUGCUCCAACUUACGAACGAGAAUCGUCGAUGCCGAUGGAGAAGCCUUCCAAGUUGUAGUCAAGGAUGACCUUUCGUGGGAAGUGCUGUCCAAGGGUACAGAGCCUCAGGGAUUAUUAGCUACAUCAAAAAGUAUCACUAUGACAUAUGGGUCUCAGCUAAACCAUUUCACGGUCUUCAAUAAUACGGAAGGGACCAAGUACCUGAUGUGGCGAAGCCAUCACACGACCUUUGACGGCUGGACCAUCGGGAUCAUCCUCGAUUGCAUCGACAGCGUUUACUAUGACAGGAGCCCACCAAAUAUCAUCCCUUACUCUGCGUUCGUCUCCUACACCCUGGGCGUCGAUGUCGCUGCUGCUGAGGCCUUUUGGGCCGAGCAGUUACGCGGUGCUCACAAGACACCUUUCCCUUCACCACAACUUGCAGCAUCCAAGGAAACUAGAAUGUUUACGAAGUUCGUCACACUGCCAAAAUCAGAGGGCUCGUCCAUCACCCAAGCCACCAUCAUCCGGGCAGCGUGGGCCAUUCUCCUUGCCAGGUACAGCGGGACUGACCAUGUAUGUUAUGGUGCUGCUGUGUCAGGUCGUAACGCUGCGAUCCAAGGCGUUGAAGACAUUUCUGGUGUCAUGGUUGCCACUGUCCCCGUCCACGUCUUGAUUGAUGGAUCUAAACCGGUUGGACGGUUCCUGGAAGAGAUUCAGCUUCAAGCGUCUAGUAUGAUUGAGUAUGAGCAGUUCGGCUUACAGAAUAUUGCCGCAAUCAAUGACGAGUGUAAAGAGGCAUGCGACGUAUCCAGCUUAAUCGCCGUCCAAACAAGCAAACAGUCCGGAAUAUUUUCCGGCAAUGACCUUUUGGCCCCAAUGGGACUAAAAGACGAUGUUGUUGAGAGUUCUCUUCAAGGAUAUUUGACUUAUACUCUCGUUAUGGAAGGUACGCUGGUUGACGGUGGCAUUGAGCUGGUAUUUAUCCAUGAUACUGGUGUUCUGAAGCCAGUUCAAAUUGAAGCCAUGGCUCACCAGCUCGAGAAGCUUAUUUUGGAACUGCGAACCGAUAGCUCCAAGCUCCUCAAGGACGUCUCCAUGACCUCUGAUUGGGAUGUCGAAGUCGCUUUAGCCCGAAAUCCUCUACCUCGCGCUAUGGAUACUUGUGUCCAAUACAUUUUUGAAGAUAAGGUGAAAAUUCACCCAGACGCUCCAGCAGUUUAUUCGUGGGACGGGGAGCUUUCAUAUGGGGAGCUCAAUAGUCUGGCGAACAACCUUGCUUCUCAUCUUAUGGACCAAUUGAGGGUCAACGUAAGCGACAUUAUACAUGUUUGUUUUGAUAAGUCGGCUUGGUAUUGUGUUGUGAUUCUGGCUAUUCAUAAAGCUGGUGCUUCCUUCUCCCCCAUCGACCCAGCUCACCCGGUCAAAAGGAAGCAGGAAAUAACAAAGCAGACAAAGGCAAAACUCAUGCUAGUCUCGCCGAAUCAUUUGCCAAUUUCUCAGGACCUUGUGGAAGACGUUGUGCCAAUAGACAAGCAGUUUUUGCUCGGCUUGAAACAUAACUCCGAAAACCCAGAAACCACGGUUAGCCCAGACGACAUCGCAUACAUCAUGUUCACUUCAGGCAGUACCGGAACGCCUAAAGGUUAUGUGAUAGAGCAUAGGGCUCUCGCAUGGGGGCAGCAAGAUCUCGCCAAGCGCCUGCGUGUUGGAUCUGAGGCUCGUAUACUCCAAUUUGGUAACUUCAUCUUUGACUUCUCCGUCGGCGAGAUCUGGCAGGCAUGGGUGAACGGUGGCUGCAUAUGUCUCCCAUCCGAGGAAAUGAGGCUUAAUAACAUGCAGGAGUUCAUGAACAUGGCCCAGGUCAACGGGGCCUUGUUCACACCUACCUUCGCCAGCACGAUCAACCCUGAAGAAGUACCAUCUCUUAAAUGGCUUCUGAUUGGAGGAGAGACCGUACAGAGAGAUGUAUAUGAGAGCUGGUUCGGAAAGGUGCGAUUGAUAGGGGCAUGGGGACCAAGUGAGACCUGCUUUAUCAGCUCAACACACGAAUACACGUCUCUGGAAGACUCUCCUUCGACUAUUGGAGAGCCCAUUGCCGCUUACAAUUGGAUUGUUGACCCUGAAGACCCACGAGUUCUAGCACCUAUCGGUACAGUUGGUGAAAUCCUGGUUCAGGGCCCAACUGUGUUUCGGGAGUACCUUGGAGAUCCAGAGAAAAUGAAGGCAUGUAGGGUUGAGAACGUGCCUCCGUGGGCAUUCGAACGCGAUCACGUCUCAUUCGACCGUUCCUAUAGGAGUGGAGAUCUGGCGUUCUAUAACGCUCAGGGCAAGAUGGAAUUCGUGAGUCGGAAAGACACCCAAGUCAAGAUUCGUGGCCUACGUGUGGAAUUGUCUGAGAUCGAGCAUCAUAUUCUAUCACUACUGGAGGAAGCAGUGCAAGUCGCUGUUGACGUGUACAGGCCCGAGGGAGCUGUCCAUCUUGUUGCCUAUUUUGCCUUUUCUGACGAGACAAAGUUCGUCAGGGCCGACGAUGCACUUGCAACUGACAUGUUCUUACCAGUCGCGCCAGAACUUGAGCAUAAAAUUUUGGAGUUAGUUGGAAAGCUCAAGACUAUUCUCCCGGGAUACAUGGUCCCAUCUAUUUUCAUCCCCUGUGGGUAUAUGCCCAUGGGAGGCACUUCGAAGCUCGACCGUAAAGCUCUCCAAGGAUCUCUCUCGUCUCUUACGCAAGAUCAGUUGGCGCAUUAUUCACUUGUCAAUUCCACCAAACGAGCCCCUCGGACACAGAUAGAAAGCCGCAUGCAAGAGCUUUGGGCCUCCCUUCUCAAAAUUCCCACCGAUUCCAUUGGCAUUGAUGACAGCUUUUUGCAAAUUGGUGGUGACUCUAUCAGGGCAAUCCAGCUGGUUGCUAAGGCUCGAGGAGUCGGCCUCGGACUUACUGUGAAAGACGUCUUUGAUGACCCUCGUCUCCACGCAGUAGCUUCGUGUACCAUUGAGCUCGGAUCAACGCACAAACAAGCCAACGAAAUAAUUCAGCCAUUUAGUUUGCUGCAACAGGGAUUGCGUGGUGUUGACUGGGAGAGUGAAGCCAGAGAUUUGUGUGGUCUUACUGCCGACCAAUAUAUCGAAAACGCCAUGCCUGUGACUGCAUUUCAGGAGGGAUUAAUGGCACUUUCGGUGAAGCAGCCAGGUUCACAUAUCGGAAGGUUUCUUUACAAAUUAGCCCCCAACGUGGAUGUGAAUCGGUUCCGAAACGCUUGGGGAAGAACAAUUUGCCUGUGUCGAAACUUGCACACUCGCAUUGUCAAUACAUCCCAGCAGACACUACAGCUGGUUGUAGCAAACGAUGGUUCUUGGGAAGAUACUACAAAUCUCAGUCUCAAGGACUACAUGAGACAAAAGCUCAACAUGUCUUACGGUUCCCGUUUGAAUAGAUGGGCAUUAUUCGAGGAAUCCAACGGCGAGACUUUCUUCAGUUUUACUGCGCAUCACGCCAUUUACGACGGGUGGUCAGUUCAGCUUGUGCUUCAAACUCUAGCUGAAUCAUACAAUCAAACAAACAACCACGACGUCAAGCCGUUUGAUGCUUUCAUAAAAUACACUGAAAGCUUAGAUAAAGAGGCGGCUCGGCAGUUUUGGCUCAAAGAGCUCAAAGACGCUUCAGCUGCAAGUUUCCCACCUCGUAGGCAAAAUUUCGAGAACGCUGAAACAAGAGUUUUGAACCACGAGUUCAAGUUACCUAUGUCUUCACACGCUUCCAUAACGCAAGCCACGAUUAUUCGAGCUGCAUGGGCCUUGCUUCUGGCCCAAUACUGUGGCACAGAGAACGUCUGUUUCGGAACAUCUGUUUCUGGCCGUCAAGCACCUGUUGCUGGAAUUGGUGAGCUGGCGGGCCCUGUUGUAAUGACCAUGCCCGUCCAUAUUCUCAUCGACCCAAAUACUUCCACCUUUGAAUUCCUGCAAGCGGUACAAGCCCAAGCCACCGAAACGAUUGCAUAUGAACAGUUUGGAUUGCAUAAUAUUCUCAAGCUUGGGGACUCAAUUCGUGACGCCUGCAGCUUUUCCAGCCUGUUGGUUGUUCAACCACGUGAGAAAAUGGCUGAGACUGGCCGUGAAGCGGAAAAGAUACUUGUACCUGUGGAAAGUGAUAAAAAUAACGAUCCAAACAUCCAAGGAUAUUUCAACUAUCCAUUAAUCGUACAGGCUUUUGUUUCUUCCACGGAGGUUCACCUUAACAUCACUUAUUAUUCUCAAGACAUCAGCACCUUCCAGGUUGAGGGUCUCAUGAACCAACUCGAACAUAUUAUCAAAACGCUCUCCGUCGAGGGCAGCAAACCGAUUCGACAGCUAGAAACGGCGAGCCCUUGGGAUCUUCAACAUGCCCAGAGCUUCAACAACGAAAUCCCGGAGGUGAUUAACUCUACAUUCCAUGAGUUGGUUGGGAAGCAGGCCAGGGCAAGGCCAGAUGCCAUAGCUGUACAAGCCUGGGAUGCUACUUUGACAUAUGGUGAAUUAAAUACGUAUGCCGACUACCUUGCGCGAUACUUAAUUGUUGAGCUCGGUGUAGAAAGAGGAGAUCUUAUUCAUGUGUGCUUUGAGAAGUCAGCAUUUCAUUUGAUCUCCAUUUUGGCCAUCAACAAGGCUGGUGCAGGAUGGGUGCCUCUUGACCCAUCUCAUCCCUUUCAACGACUGCAGCAGCUCGUGUCUCAGACCAAGGCAAAGCUUAUCCUCACAUCAGCUAAACAGGCUGAACUAAGUAAUGCCCUUUUAUUGGAGGUUGUCCAAGUUUCACGUGCUUUUGUCGACAAACUGGUCAAAGAAUACACGAUCACUGGGCCAGCAACUAAUCUGAUAGGCAACAAGGCUGAGCCUUCCGACGUCUGCUACGUUCUUUUCACAUCUGGAAGUACUGGCACACCGAAAGGGUUGGUGAUGGAGCACCGCGCCCUAUGUACAAGCCAGACUGCCACUGUGCGAAGACUGGGCUUCAAUCCAAACGUCAAGAUGCUCCAAUUCGCUUCCUAUGUAUUCGAUAUGUCCGUCGGCGAGAUUGUCGGAUCCUUGAUUUCCGGUGCUACACUCUGCGUGCCCUCUGAUGACGUCCGUCUUGGUGGCGUAGCCGACUUCAUUCGCGAAAGCAACGUUACGUGGGCCUACUUCACGCCAUCGUUUGUUCGUACCUUGACUCCUGAGUCUGUACCCUCGCUUGAGCUACUGGCCCUGGCAGGAGAGGCAAUCCCAAGGGAUGUUUUUGAGAAAUGGAUCGUGACCAAUGUCCGCUUUAUCAAUGGUUGGGGCCCCGCGGAAACAUGUGUCUUUAGCACUUUACACGAAUUCAAAUCUAUCGACGAAUCUCCACAGACGUUGGGUAGGCCAGUUGGUGGACUCUCUUGGGUGGUACAGCCCGACGAUCCUUACAAGCUUGCGUCGGUAGGAACCCUAGGUGAAGUUGUUGUCCAAGGCCCGACACUUCUACGUGAAUAUCUAUCAGAUCCGGAGCGUACAGAGAAUUCGACAGUUCAGAAUGUUCCACAAUGGGAUCAUCGUGCGGACCCAUGGAGUCGCGGAUUCCGUACCGGUGACCUUUGCUUCAUCAAUGGAAGUGGGCUCCUUGAAUUCGCUAGCCGUAAGGACACUCAAGUCAAAGUCCGUGGUGCUCGAGUCGAACUAGGAGAAGUUGAGAAUGCGAUUCAAUCACAUCUCCCUGGCCUACGUCGAGUAGCAGUUGACAUUGUUCAUACUCCUGCUGGAGCGACUCUUGCUGCCUUCCUGUGCUUCACUGAUGAUGCCAAUACCCGAAAAUCGUCAAAUGACGGCCGGUUCCUACCAAUGAGUAAGGACAUCGGUGACCAAGUAGCGGACAUGCUUGCCAAACUGAAGGUAACCCUUCCACACUACAUGGUGCCUAGGUUGUUCAUUCCCUGCAGUAAUAUGCCGUUCAUUACAUCCUCGAAACUCGAUAGGAGGACGCUCGUUGCCGAAGCCUCAAGCCUGGAUCACGAUCAGAUUGUCGCAUAUUCUCUUCAAAAUGCAGAAAAGCGACCGCCUGUCACAGACAUGGAGAUCAGACUGCAGAAACUCUGGGCAGAGGUGCUCCACAUCUCUACUGAUGCAAUUGGUCGCGACGAUAGUUUCUUUACCAUUGGGGGUGAUUCAAUCGCUGCUAUUCAUCUCAUGACUGCGUCUCGAAAAGAGAGUGUCACCAUCCGUGCUGACGACGUUUUUCGGUACCCUCAGCUCUUCCAGCUCGCCCUUCGAGUAAGCAAAGUGGCUGGCUCGGAAUCAAGCGAGCUUGAACUCGAGCCGUUCGAGCUUCUCACAACUACUGAGCGAGACCUGGUUCUAGGGGAUGCACGAUCUGAGCUUGGCUUAGCGAAAGAAUGUUCUGUGGAAGAUGCGUUUCUCUGCUCUCCUCUCCAGGAGGGAUUAAUCUCUCUCUCCGUAAAACAAGCCGGGUCCUACAUUGCGAAAUAUUUCCUUGAGAUUCCAGACCACAUCGAGAUCGAAAGAUUUAAAUCUGCUUGGCAACAAACCGUUGAGCUGAAUGGGAACUUGAGAACCAGAAUUAUAGAUACAGGCAACCGUCCUAUUCAAGUAUUGCUGAAGGAAGACUUGCGCUGGGAGCCUACGCUGGGACUGGGCCUCGAAGACUUCGUCAAUGUCACUCAGGGCUAUACCAUGACUUUGGGAACUUCACUUAAUCGCUACGCGAUCGUAUCAGAUGCCCCAUCUGGUAAAACCUUCUUUGUAUGGAUAUCGCAUCAUUCCAUUUCGGAUGGGUGGGCACUACAAUUGGCCUUUAGAACACUGUUUGAGUGCUACUGGGGGAAAGUGACCGGCCCAUUAUACCCGUAUGCCAAUUUCAUAAAGCAUACUCUGGAUCUCGACUGGGAUGCAGCUGCCGGCUUCUGGGGCAGGCAGCUUGAAGGUGCAACCAGUAUGCCUUUCCCACCACCCAGCCUCAAAAACACGAAGCCUGUCUUCAAGUUUGCUCAUCACAAAGUGCAAAUGCCAGCGAGACGAGGUACCUCUGCAACCCUCGCGACGGUUCUCAGAGCAGCAUGGGCCAUAGUCUUAGCCAGGCAUUGCAAUACCAGCGAUGUGUGUUUUGGUGCAACAGUAUCCGGCCGCAACGCCUCUCUCACCGGGCUACAGGACAUGCCUGGUCCUACAAUAGCCACUAUACCAGUUCGAAUCCGGCUCGAUAGUUCCACUGACGUGGAAAGCCUCCUUCAAGAUGUGCAGAACCACGCCACUGAGAUGACGGCGUAUGAACAAUUCGGCAUCCAGAAUAUUGCAAAAGUAAGCAACGAUGCACGAAAUGCGUGCCAAUUCUCUUCUCUUUUGGUCAUCCGACCGCAAUCCCACAUCCAGGGGAAUAGCAAUCAUGACUCCGUCCUCAAGUUCGUCGAAGGAAAUGAGAUGACUGAGAAAGAGAGCGUCAACUAUUUCACCUAUCCUCUUAGUUUUGGCCUGGAUUUGUUCCCCGACCACAUUGGUAUAAGCUUAAGUUAUGACAAUAAUGUUCUGUCCACAGACCUUGUCAACGCAAUAAUUCAUCAGUGGGAGUUUGUUGUUCAGCAACUUUUCACAAAACCCUCAGAGACUGUUGGCAACGUCUCUCUUACCAGCCCUUGGGAUAUUGAACAUGCCCUUCGCUACCAGAAAAUGCAUUCUCCCAUUGAAAUGUGCAUUCAUGACAUGAUCCGCGAACAAGUAGUACUGAGACCUGAUUCACAGGCUUUGGUAUCUUGGGAUGGCGAGAUGUCCUACAAGGAAAUGGGCUACUUUUCUGAGAAGCUGGCGAGCAAGUUGCGUCAUCUAGGUGUUGGGCCCGGAGUCUUCAUCCCAGUGUGCUUCCCUAAGUCUAUCUGGGCUGUCAUAUCGAUGGUUGCGAUUAAUAUGGCUGGUAGUGGGUUUGUGCCGCUCGAUUAUAAGUCGCCGGCAUCUCGCUUGAAAGAAAUCAUCAGCGAUACUAACUCGACACUGGUACUUGCUGAUCCAACUUGUCUUGACCUAGUUGGGCAGAUUGGAAUUGAUUUUGUCAUUAUAAACAAAGAUUUCAUCCUUCAGUCGUCAGAGGUAGCUGAGACUGAACCCUCCUCUAUUCCUCUUGUUAAGCCGACCGACCCCAGUAUGGUCCUAUUUACUUCUGGGUCUACGGGAAAACCGAAGGGAAUUGUCUUUGAGCAUCGCAAUACCUGCUCGACGGCGAAAUGGCACGGCGAUACCCUGGGCUGGGGGCCGGACACACGUGUCUUUACGUAUUCCGCAUAUACGUUUGAUAUGGGAAUAUUGGAGAUACUGAUGUCUCUUUCUCGUGGCGCAUGCCUUUGUAUUCCGUCAGAAUGGCAGCGGUACAAUGACAUCCACGGAGCUAUCAAUUCCACCCGGGCGAAUUGGGCUUUCUUUACCACAACCCUGGCUGGACUCCUAAAUCCGAGCGAGAUACCGUUGGUAAAGGGAGUUGGACUUGGCGGUGAGAAAGUGACACAGAAAGCUAUCGACCAUUGGCAAGGUCACGCCAAAGUCUAUUCCAUGUACGGACCGGCAGAGGCCUCCAACUGUAACGAGAUGAAAGAAAUCGGAACUCCCCCACGGCCCAAUAAUAUUGGUGGCCCCUCGUCAGGUGCUUGGUGGGCUGUGAAUCCCGAUAACUACAGGGAGCUUGUCCCGGUCGGAUGUAUUGGUGAGCUAAUGAUCCAAGGGCCGAUGAUGGCGCGAGGGUAUAUCAAUGCCAGCGAAGUGGCGAACAAAGCCUGGCUCUACGACGUUGACUGGCUUCCUGGAAGGGGUUUCCCUAGGAAGGCUUACCUUACAGGUGACCUUGUCCGCCGACUCGAAGAUGGAUCUUUCUAUUAUCUUGGUCGCAAAGAUACACAAAUCAAACUCCAUGGGCAGCGUGUCGAACUGAGUGAGAUUGAGACUCGCGUGGAACAGAAAUUACCCUCAGAUAUGAGCUGUGUCGUCGAUUGUAUUAUCAAUGAGGAGACUCAAACAGAUACCUUGGCGGUUCUACUAUGGUAUACGAGUGGACAUUAUGCUCAAGAUCCUAGCUUUAGAUUGAUUGACGAGAUACCAAACGAGAUACUUGACUUGAUUGCAGGUUUUGACUCUUCGUUGGGAGCAGAACUGCCCGCCUAUAUGGUCCCUGGAAUGUACCUUGUGUUUCAGGGCACCCCUGAGAGGAACAGAUCAGGCAAAGUUGACAGGAGGAAGCUUCGCGCAAUCGCAAACGCUGCCCCAGCUAGUCAAAGACUCAAGUUUUCCAGCAGCGCUCAAAGCACAGAAAAACCGGAGACCGAGCUUGAGAUCACACUAUCUCGGCUCUGGGCUCAAGUAUUGCCAAUUGACGCCAACGAUAUUGGCCGACAUGAGAGUUUCCUGAGAGUUGGCGGCGACUCCAUCAGUGCGAUCAGACUGAGCACUCUGGCGCGUGAACAACGCCUUUCACUUGAUGUUGCAACAAUCUUCCGAGACCCGCGGCUUUCUGCAAUGGCCAGCGCAGCGGCGCCAAUUGUGGAUGAGAUCAAUGGUGCUCCUGGUGCCUUCAGUUUGAUUUCGGAUCUUCCACAAAGUGAAACUAUUGACGAAGUGGCGAGUAAAUGUGGAAUUCACGAUGUCAAUCGAAUAGAGGACGUUCUUCCUUGCACCCCCUUGCAAUCUGGUCUUAUGGCUUUGACAGUGAAGCAGCCAAGAUCAUAUAUUGCCCAGAACGCCUUUCAGCUUUCAAGCACGGUAAAUAUCGCUGUCUUCAAGCAUGCUUGGGCCCGGACUGCCGAGAUGUGUCCCACUUUACGAACAAGAAUCGUCCAUGUCCAGGGCAAGACACUCCAGGCAGUUCUCAAGGAUGACUUCACUUGGGAAGAUUUGUCUCCCAAUACAAAUAUACCUACCCACUUGGGUGAAGUAACCAUGUCGUACGCAGAUCGUCUCAAUCGAUUUUUUCUCUACAAGGAUGAAACAGGGAGUUUCAAUUUCGUAUGGCUAGCGCACCACACAGUAUUCGACGGGUGGACGGUACAGCUAAUUAUGAGAGUGUUCAAUCACAUCUACCAUAAUACAGAAGUACCGCGAUUAACCCCUUACUCGACAUUUAUUGCAUAUUCCAUGACGAUUAGUGAAUCCGCAAAUAAAGCUUUCUGGGAGAAGGAGCUCCGCGGUGCUCAAAGGGCUCCUUUCCCACCAACCUCCAAGAGCCUUUCAUCCAUUACGGAGGUCCUCCAGAAAACGCUGUCAUUCCCAGAACUGAAGAGCAGAUCGGUCACAAGCGCUACAAUACUCCGUUCUGCCUGGGCUCUUCUGCUCGCUCGGUACUGCGGAUCUGAGGAUAUCACUUUCGCAGCUACUGUGUCUGGCCGUAACGCGCCGGUUGCCGGGAUAGACCAAAUUCCCGGAACAAUGAUCGCAACCAUCCCCGUUCGCAUCAAGCUGGAUAAUCAGAAGACUAUUCACACGUUCUUGGAGGACGUGCAAACACAGGCAUUUGGCAUGGCUGCCUAUGAGCAGUAUGGUAUACAAAACAUCGCCAAAGUCAGCGAUGAUGCCAAGGAAGCUUGCGAGUUUUCUAGUCUCACAGUGAUCCAACCUUCGCAGCAAUACGAGUACCAGAAAAAUGAGACGCUCCUUCUUCCCUCAAAAGGUGAUCAGGAUUCAGUUCAAUCCUCGCUCGCGGGAUAUUUUACCUAUCCCCUUGUCAUGCAAUGCCUGCUGGCCGGCGACGAAGUUGAGCUCUGUUUGAUUUACGACGCUGGGGUUCUCAAGAGACCCCAGAUUGAGGCGAUGUCACAUCAAUUCGAAAAGCUUGUUUCAGAACUGCUUUCUGAUGAUCGAGAGAAACGACUCGAAAACGUCUCAAUGGUGUCCUCUUGGGAUGUUGAGACUGCCAUCAGCCGGAAUCCCAUACCUAAAGUUAUUGAGGUCCCUAUGCCUAAUGUGAUAGCCAACUUUGCAGAGAGCCAGCCCGGCGCGGCAGCGGUUCAUGCCUGGGAUGGAGAAUUUACCUACUCUGAGCUUAAUGAUGCCUCAACCCGUCUUGCAGGAAUAUUGGUAAAGCAAUAUCAUGUUAGAGUCGGUGAAGUCGUCCACGUCUGCAUGAACAAGUCCAAAUGGUAUCCAGUCUCAAUACUAGCAAUCAAUAAGGCCCGCGCUGCCUUCUCGCCCAUCGACCCGGAGUACCCCUUUGAACGGAAGCAGAACAUCAUACAGCAAACAGGUUCAAGACUUGUGUUGAUAUCCUCGGACCAAUCCGAGUGCUUUUCGAAACUGGUCGAGGACACAGUCGAAGUCACUGAUGAUUUCUUCUCCGGCCUUGGACAAUCAAUUGAUGGGCCCCAAAUCGAUAUAAAACCAGAAGAUGUAGCGUACGUUCUCUUCACUUCGGGAAGUACAGGCACCCCGAAAGGCUUCAUCAUGGAACACGGUUCUUUGUCCUCGGCCCAGCAUGGGAUCUCAGAACGUAUCCGCUUCAAGCCUGGGGAUCGAGUGCUCCAAUUCGCCAAUUUCGCCUUUGACUUCUCCAUCGGUGAGCUCUUCCAAGCGCUAUACAGCGGAGCAUGCAUAUGCAUUCCCUCCGACGAAAUGAGGCUCAACAACGUACAAAAGUUCAUACGAGACGCCAGGGUGAAUUGCGCUCUCGUCAGCCCAGCAUUUGCUCGUACCAUACAACCAGAGCAAGUCCCUUCCCUCGAGACUCUCGGUCUGGGCGGCGAAACUGUGCCACAGGAUCUUCUGGACCAAUGGCACGGAAGAGUACGCCUGAUAAACUUUUGGGGGCCCGGAGAAACGUGUUUUGCCAGCAGUAUCCACGAGUAUAAGAGUUCUAAUGAAGCGCCAGCAACCAUUGGGUAUCCGGUUAGUUCCCGCUGCUGGAUCGUCGACCCUACAAACCCGAGAGAACUAGCUCCCAUCGGCACUGUAGGUGAGGUUCUAAUUCAAGGCCCUACCAUCAUUCGUGAAUACCUCAACGAUGUCGAAAAGACAAGAGCCUCGGUUGUUGAAGACCUACCCUCUUGGGCAGUGACAGGUCAAGGGUCCCGUUUCAAGCGUGCUUUCCUGUCCGGCGACCUGGCCUCAUAUAAUCCGGAUGGCACAAUGCAUUUCGUCAGCCGAAAGGAUACCCAGGUCAAAAUUAGAGGUCUCCGCGUCGAGCUGGGAGAAAUAGAGCACCACAUACUGUCUGACCUCGGUGGAGUUUCACAGGUCGCUGUCGAUGUGCUACGGAGCGCAGAAGCGGCAAACAUAGUCGCUUACUUCUCCUUUUCUGACGCAAGACGGACUGGCACAAGUGAUCUGGAAUCCAUGUUCCAGACAAUCUCACCUGACCUCAAACUUCAACUUUUGGAAUUGCUGGGCAAGCUCAGGCUCCAUCUUCCCGCCUACAUGGUCCCCUCAAUCUUCAUACCAUGCGAUUUCAUGCCCAUCAGCGCCUCAUCAAAGCUCAAUCGAAAAGCGCUGCGAGAACAAACCGCCAAGUUGUCUGUAGAGCAGCUACACCACUACUCGUUAACCAAUACCGAGAAGCGAGCACCAGAAACCCCCAUGGAGACUCGUAUCCAGGCCCUGUGGGCAUCAAUCCUGGGCUUAUCUGCAGAGUCAAUUGGCCGCGAUGACAACUUCUUGCAGCUCGGGGGCGAUUCAAUCACGGCAAUUCACCUUGUCGCAGCAGCCCGUGAGGUCGGGAUCGAACUCACAGUUAUACAAAUUUUCGAAGAUCCCAGGCUUUCCACUGUAGCGUCUCGGGCGAUCGAGAUACUUACAAACGAAGACGAAGAUGAAGACCGGCAAUUGGAACCGUUUGAUUUGGUUCCCGCAGAUCUGCAGGACCUGGACUGGGAAAUGGAAGUUGGGGAUAUUUGCGAUCUUUCAGGGAGUCAGCUAAUCGAGAACGCGAUGCCUGCAACAUCCACUCAAGAGCAUAUAAUGACACUGUCCAACGAAAACCCAGAACCUUUCAUCUCCAGGCGGAUAUAUAAAUUAUCUGUGGAUGUCAACAUCAAAAGGUUCCGUAAUGCAUGGGUCAAAACUGUAGGGUCCUGCCCCAUCCUACGAACGCGCAUCGUCGAAGUCUCCGGAACAAUAAUGCAAGUUGUUGUGGCUUUUGAUGUUGCUUGGGAAGUUACCAAAAACAUGGAAUUGGAGGAUUACAUCAGCCAAGCUGACGAUAUGGAAAUGUCGUGUGGUUCAAGAUUGAAUCGCUGGGCGUUGAUACAGCAGCCUUCUGGGGAAUCACUAUUCGUUCUGACUUCCCACCAGGCCAUCCAUGAUGAGUGGACAAUACGUCUCAUACUGAGAACACUUUCCCAUCAUUAUGAUCGAACUAAAGUCCCCAGCGUCCGAGAUUUCGGAUACUUCAUUCAAUACCUUGAGACUCAAGACCGUGAGGCUGCCCGAAAAUACUGGCAGAACCAGCUUAAAGGUGCCAAAGCCGCUGCGUUCCCAUCUCCAAGUCAGGGCUUGUCAAAAGGUGUUGGCAAAAUAACCAGAUCUGUUGAUCUCCCCAAGUCGUAUCAACCGUCAAUAUCCCCCUCGAUAUUAGCGAGAUCUUCGUGGGCGCUGCUACUUGCUCAUCACUGCGGCACAGAUGAUAUCUGUUUCGGUACAUCUUUCACUGGUCGACAUGCUCCUGUUUCAGACAUUCGUGACAUUGCCGGGCCGGUUUCUCAUGUUUUGCCAUUCCGUUUACGUAUUGAUCGCAGCACGCCUGUUGGUACGUUCCUUGAACUCAUGCAGAAGCAAGCUACGGAGAUGAUCCCGUAUCAGCACUUCGGCCUCCCAGAUAUAUUGAAGCUUAGAGGCGAUAGUCAGGAUGCUGCUACAUUCUCAAGCAUAUUCAAGGUUGAGUCAUCCAGUGAAUUGGCAGAUGUAUAUGAUGAAUCGGAAGUGAUGUCGUCUGUCGCCGAAGAGGAUACCCCCGCUGAGAUACAGGAAUCCUUCGCCCAGCCAUUGGUAGUUGAAAGCCUCGUUUCUUCCUUAACUAUUCGCUUUACCAUGAAUUUCAACUCGACUCAUUUGAGUUCCGCACAAGCGGAGGAGCUUGCCGGUCAGCUUGAGCAUGCCAUUCACUUCAUGGCUACCGAUCCUUCCAAGACAUUAGGGCAAUUCGCAGCAACCCUUUAG